AAAACAACUCCUGUCCACCAGUCAGCAUUCAGAGAUCGUGAAUGAUUGCGGAACAGAGAGCGGCCUUUGCAGUGCGACCCUGUCCCAUGCUGCUCCCUCCUCUCAGGGGAUGGCCAAGGUCCAGGAUGGACACACGAACGCAUGUGACAGCUCUGAAAUGUUAGAGGAGAGCCAAGAUGGUAUGGACAGUGGUACCCUAAGUCCUGCCUCAGCUCGACACGUCACCAUCCAACGCCACCCGACUCAAGGCUUCGGCUUCAUUGCAGGCAGCCAGAGGCCUGUCAUUGUACGCUCCGUCUCUGCUGACGGCCCCUCCUUUGGCAAGCUUCUCCCUGGAGACCAGAUCUUGGCUAUUAACGAGGAGACGGUGAGCGACGCGCCCCGAGAGAGAGUCAUAGACCUUGUAAGACGCUGCAAAGACACUAUAGUUCUCACUGUGCUGCAGCCCCAUCAGUCACCUAAGUCUGCCUUCAUAAGUGCAGCCAAAAAGGCCCGCCUGCGAACCAACCCGCCUAAAGUGCGCUUUUCAGAGCAAGUGUCCAUCAGCGACCCAGACUCAACAAUGCUCAAGGACGACUCCUUGCUACUCAUACCAAAUGUGCUGAAGGUGUUCUUGGAGAAUGGACAGAUUAAGUCCUUUACAUUUGAUAGCCGUACCACUGUUAGGGAUGUGAUCUCCUCCCUGCAAGACCGCCUCUCACUGCGCUACAUUGAGCACUUUGCCUUGGUGCUGGAGGCAGGUGGUCUGGACCAGAAUCAGAAGUUGCAGCUGCUGCAGGACAACCAGCCCCUGACACAUGUGGUGCAUAGAACCUAUUUCCAAGGGAUGAAGUGUCUGUUCCGCAUCUGCUUCUUCCCCAAGGACCCUGCAGACCUGCUGAGGAGAGACCCUGCUGCAUUUGAGUACCUCUAUAUACAGAGUCGCAAUGACGUCAUCAAGGAGCGUUUUGGCAUGGACUGGAAAUCUGACAUCACAUUACGAUUGGCUGCGCUCCAUAUCUACAUCACUGUGUCCUCCGCGCGGCCCAAUCAGAAGAUCUCUCUCAAGCAUGUCGAAAAAGAGUGGGGACUGGAGCCUUUCCUUCCCCUCACUUUACUCCCAACAGUCAAGGAGAAGAAUGUGUGCAAGAGUCUGUCUCAGUUGCUGAAGACCUACCAGCAUCCACCACCAUCGGGCAACAAGGUCCCUCCACUCCAAGGAAAGCUGCAGUACAUGCGUGUACUCAAUGACCUCCCACCUUUUGGUGGAAUACUGUUCCACACUGUUGGACUGGAUGAGAAACAAUCAGCUACAACACUACUGGUGGGUCCUCGCCAUGGCAUUAGUCAUGUGAUUGACCUGAAAAACAACCUCACAACAGUUCUAGCCGAGUUCAGUCGGGUUGCCAAGAUCCAGCUGUACCGAGAGAGCCAGGGAGUGGCUCGUGUGGAGGUGACAAUCCAUGAGGCCAAGUCUCCUAAUUCCCCUCCCUCCCACCCACUGCAGCCCCUGGUCCUGCUCAUGGAAUGGCCUGAUGCCAGUAACUUUGCAUGCCUCAUCUCUGGCUACUACAAGCUGUUUGUAGAUCCAAAACGGACCAUCUACUUCCGGACCCCUGGUCAGUCUCAACUGACCAAGGCAGAUUACAGAAGCUCCCACCAUGCUCACCCACGUUCUGGGGCAACCAGCUUGCCAAGUGGAGGGCGCCGAGGGGACGAGAGGGAAAGCUCACACAGGGAGUCAGGGUCCUCAAGGGCCCUAGUUCCAGCAGAGCCUCAGCAUCUCGGCCUAUGUCAUGUCCACCUUCGAGAACAACAACAAUUUCAAGAACUCCAAACACACGCUGAAGCUGAACUCGACAUCAAUGAAAACUUCAUUUCCCAUGAGCCCCCUGGGCGGCCCCGCACAAAGUCAGAUCCUACACAACAUAGUACAGAGGAAAUUGCUGGGGUUUUAGAGAGCCCAGUAGUGGAGAAUGCAGGAUUCAGAAUCCGAGCCCAAACAAUGGGCCAAUCCCAGAAAAACUCCCGAUACUUCUGUGACUCCUGUAAAGCCAGGCAUAGAGCUGAGGGUCUGUCAGCAGCAGCAAACAGUAGUGGGAGCUCGGGGAAACACUGCUCCAGUGCUUGUGCCUCUCGAGAUGGAGGCGCUGUUGACCUUAUGGCCCUGCCGCCCCCAGGGAAUGAAGAGGAGGAUGAGGCAGAUGGUGGUGGAGAGAAACUGCAACCACCACCACCUGCUAUUGCUGCCCCACCACCUGGCUUCAGGGACAACAGCUCAGAUGAGGAUGACCCAAAGAGAGGGAGGAAGGCUCGAACCAGUGCCAGCCCAGGGGUUGCCUCUGUGAAGCUGGCCCAAGCCAAGGGAGAUGUGCCUGUGACAUUAAUUGAUAAUGUGGCCACAAGAACAGUGCGAGAUCAUGCCCAGGAGCUUGAUGAUGCUCUGGUGUCAACCUUACAGGCACUAGAGGCUUUGGCAGCCUCUGAGGACUACCCCCAUCACCCACAACAGCCAACACAGACUGCAGGGCUGAUUGUCUUAGCUGCCAUUACACCUGAGUCAUCAUUGGACUCAGGCCAUGAAACCAACUCCUCUGAAUUGACAGAUGUUUCUGAGAUGGUGUCAGCUAUGAAGCAGAACCAGAACCAGGCCUAUCUGUUGGCUCACCAUAUCAACAAAGAACGUAUCCUCUGCCGCCGUGACUUUCCCCUGGCUAUCCCUGGCUGCACUGCAAAGACCAUAGGGACUGGGGCCUUCUCUGUGGGUCAAAUUCGUGCUGGCUGUCCACCCAAGCAAGUAAUCCUUAGCAAGACGGUUCCCUUUAAAGUUAGUCCCGGUCAAGACUCUGCAGUACUCAGUGUUGUGACAGAGCAGGGGGGCAAUCAAGACACUGCUCAGACUGAACAGAAAGGAGAAAUGAAAGCAAACUCUGAGUCCACCAAAGCAAACACCCCUGAUCCCCCUUCUAAAUUACCUGAAGAACUUAAAGUGUCUGGUGCUUCACUGACAGCUCGAGUCAGUAAAGAUCAGAAGUUAUCAAAUUCUUCUGGGGAGACACAAAAUGUUUCCGAGGGUAUAAAGGGGAAGACAACAUCACCUCUGAAUACAGAUCCUAGCAACAAAGCCUUACCUAUACUCCUACCUAUGGACAGAACUGCCUCUGCCAAGAUUUCUCCUACUAUUAUGUGCCAAGAUGCCAAGACUGCCUCUAGUGAGACCAUGAAGCCUUCAAGCUCUACAGAACUUCUGCCAGUUGACGACCUUUUCUGCACAUGCCCAGUGCAACAGGAGCCUGGGCCUCAACUAAGACUUAAAGACCCACAGGUUCAGAAGAUAGUGGUAUUUCAAUCCUCCUCCCCCACAGAUGAUGAGCGUCUUCGGGCCAAAGGCCUCCAGAUUGCUAACAGUAAAGAAAAUGCAGUGAGAGUAGGAGCAGAUCCUAGUUUGGCAAAACCCAGCCCUCAAAUACAAACCAAGUACUCCCCUCGUUUGCCCGUAAAAGCAGAGAGAAAAGAGGCAGCUGACAGCAAGACUGAGGGUGCCCAGGGCAAAUCCCACCCUGAGCCUCAGAAAUGCCCCAUAAAAACCUUACCCAUUUUAGAUGAUCUAACAACACCUAGCCCUUCUGUAGAUAAGGUAUCCACUCUCCCAGCAAGAGACUCAAAGAAGCAAGGCACUGGUAAGGGGAAGUCCCAGCGCAGUGCCCCUUUCUUGAGCUUCAGAAACCUUCUUUCAGCAACCUUCCCAGCAAGAAUGCGAAGAGAAACAGAUGAGCGAAGGGCUCAGUUGCAGAAAGUCCGCCAGUAUGAACUAGAGUUCUUAGAGGAGCUGCUGAAACCCAAGUCAUCCCAGGGAGAAUUUUUGCCCCAGGGAUCCUCACCUGUGCCCUCAGGCACUCCUUGUGCCUGCCAGCUCCGCACCAGUCCUGUCUUAAAGGCACCAGGUAUUUCCAGGGAGCAGCGGCGCAGCUGUGACUGUAAGCGAAUGUGUCGAGGCAUGCGACUACCUGACACACCAGUUGGCUCUUCAACAGAGACACAACACAGAGGCAGAACUAUCUCGAAGACCCCACCUGCAGUCUCCGAAGUCCCUCAUGCACAAGGUGGCACAAGGAGACCUCAGACCUUAGAGAUCAAGACCACACGAAUACGCUCUACCAGCCUUGAGUCAAGAGAGCCGAGGGGAGAGCAUGGUUCCUGCUUGCCCACCUGUACUUCUCAAACAGAUUGCAUGGGAGCGCCACAAUACAAGAAGCUCCAGAGGCGAUACAGCAUUGGAGAGCUGGAUAACAGUACUAGUACACCUGUGUAUGCAGAGGUGAGGCCCAAAGCCAAGAGUCUAGAGAAGGAGAUGGAGAGAGUGAGGGCCACAGGGCUGAGGCUCCCUACCCCAGUAGAGCCAGUCCACACUCAGUCCCAUCAGGUAGAGGGGAAAGGGAAAAAGGGUGUGUUUUUCAUUCAGGGAGAGGAGCUACUGCGUGAAAGCAAAGAAGGGACUAACGAGGUGCUGCUGACCCUGCCCAGUGAAGACAGUGAUGACAAGGAUAAAUGCUGCUCAUUCUGUUUCUGCUACAGAAAGUGUGAAGCAGCAGAUGAAAGCAGUGAGAAGGAUGAGCUCUCAUACUCAAUACCCCUUCAGGUCCUUCCAGGCAUGGAGCUGGACUCACGUACCUUUCCUGUAGUAAGCAAAACGCUCCAGGUUCUUAAUGCAGAGGACUGCAGUGGGGAGGAAGAGGAGGAGGAAGAGGAGGAGCCACAGACACAAGAGAUUGAUCUGAGAGCCUGCGGUACACUGGAGGGGAGCCUAUCCCGGGUACAAGCUCUACAGGGGAAAAGCUUCAGCUUGCCUGAUGGUUUCCUCAAUGCCCAGUUGGAUGCUAAUGAGUUGCUCGCCAUUCUGCGUCAGUGUGCUAACAGCCCACAAGCUGAGGGCGAGGCUCGUCUUCAGCCCUCACAGAUUGCAGAGUACAAACAGGAGCUGGCGGUGCGCUUCAAAGAAUUCAGAGCAUCUUGUCGACGAGUUGCAAGUGUUGAAAAAAGCCCAACACGAAUGCUUGCUGUUGUCACAGCCAGCUUUCAAGUGCUGUGUGAACUAACUCAGACCUUCAUCAAAUUGGUCAGAGGGGUUCGUUCAGAGACCCAAAGGCUGCAGCUGUUGAGAAAGGUUGAGGAAGUAGCCAUCAACUACACGUUGCUUCUGCGUGCAGCAGAGGAAUCAAUGGGACACUCAAGCAGCUUGCCGACAAAGACAGUGAGCCCUCAAGUCUCCUCCAACAUCAAUAACAUGAGCUCACUCACUCGACCCAUCAAAACUCUGCCUGCCCAGUGAGAAUAAAUCUGGCAGGGAUGUAAUCAAAACAGUCCAGAAUGUGGGUGACUACUCUAUCCAAAUUCAUCAUUUGUUUAUUGUUUACAUUUUUU